GUCCGGUAAUGUCGCGGUGUUUCCGGUGACGGCCAUUUUAUAUGACGACGCUUGGUAUAUAGACUGUAAUUUCUUGUACGAAGCUGUGAGUAAACGAGUUUUAAAAAAAUCAACCAACUUGCGACAAUGAUUAAGGCGGAGGAUAAUCAAGUGCAAAAUAAUGACGACAGAGACAGAAGCAGGGAACGCGAUCGCAAUCGCAGAUCUGAUAGACCCAAUCGUCUGAACUCAGCUAGUCGCGAUCGCAGUAGGGAGAGAAAUGAUCGUGGUGGUAGAAAAGCUUCUGACAGACGGAUUUAUGUGUCAAACAUACCAUAUGAUUUUCGUUGGCAAGAUCUCAAAGAUUUAUUUAGAACUGAGGUUGGCAAGGUAGCGCACGUAGAGCUGUUUACAGAUGAAAAUGAUAAGCCCAGAGGAUGCGGCAUAGUAGAAUUUGAAGAUUCUGAGUCUGUAAAGAUAGCGGUGGAAAAAAUGCAUCGAUUUGAUAUUAAAGGAAGAAAGCUUGUUGUCAAAGAAGACUUUGAUGUGGAACGCGAUAAAUAUGGUCGAUUGACCACCAGUCGUAACAAUGAAAGAAAUCGCGAUGACAGAUUUAGAGAUAUACCUCGACAACAAGGAGGUGGAAGACAGAAUAUGUCCGCACCCAGUGGAGGCGGCGGCGGUGGCGGCGGCGGUGGUGGUGGCGGUGGCGGUGGCAGUGCUCCAGGUGGCGGCGGUGGUGGCGGUGACAAUAAAUUCGGAAACACAUAUGGUCUUAGCACACAAUUUUUGGAAUCUUUAGGAAUCAAUGGUCCUUUGGUUACAAGAGUCUUUGUGGCAAAUCUGGAUUAUAAAGUUGACGAAAAGAAAUUACUCGAAGUCUUCAAAUUGGCUGGAAAAGUGUUGCAUGUUGAAUUGGGUAAAGAUAAAGACGGCAAAUCGAGAGGUUUUGGAGUUGUAGAGUAUGAUCAUCCAGUAGAAUCAGUACAGGCCAUUUCUAUGCUACACAAUCAACAGUUGUACGACAGACGUAUGACUGUUAGGCUAGAUCGAGCUAAUGAACCAGACAUGCCACCCAAAUUGCCGGAAGGUUUGAAGGGAAUCGGUAUGGGACUUGGAGCUGGCGGUAACAGGUUGUUAGAUGUAGCUAGAAACAUUCCCAAUGUGCAAGCAAAUAACCCGCCGGUAGUAAAUCCAAUUUCGGCGCCCGUCUUAGCCGCGGGCGCUUUCGGGGCUGGUUUAAACAACGUCGUUCCUGCACAAUUAGCAUCAGCAUUGUCGAAUACUAACGCAGCGGCUCUUCAAGCCAGUCUUGCUGGCGCCGGUUUAGGCGCCAAUCUCACCACUAGUUCGUUGUUGAAUUCUUCAUUGACAAACGAAUUGGCAUCGAACUUGAACAAUUUCGGUGGUGGUGUUGGCGGCUUGAGCAGUUUGCAAGCGUCUUUGGCGGGCGGACAAGGAAACACCACAUUUGCACCACGUGGACUGUCUAAGUUGGAUAAUGACAUAGGAUUCGGCAGUAGCAACACUUUCGGCGGUUCUACUUUCGGCGGUGGCGGAAGAGAUUUUGACGGUGGGUUUAACAGAGGAGAUGGUGACCGCGUUUCUGGAGGUGGUGGCGGCGGCUUCUCCGGAAACCAAGGCAACCAAAGCGGCGGUGGCAACCGACAAAACUCAAACGGAUCGCGACCGAUGUCAGACACUAUUCUUAUAGGCAACCUACCUCCAAAUACUACGUGGCAGAUGCUGCGCGAUAAAUUCCAGGACGCUGGAGAAGUGAAGUUCGCGGAAAUGAGAGGUGCCGAUAUGGGUAUGGUACGAUUUGCGUCUGAAUGGGACGCUGAGCGUGCUGUCUCUAUGAUGAAUCGAUCGCGCAUCGAUGGCAGAACAAUUGACGUGCGCCUGUACUAAAAACCAGAGGAUAAACUGCGAGAAAGUCCAGGUAACAUUUACAAAAAAAAGGAUCAUAUCGCUGAAAAAACCUGAUGCUUAAUCAUAAACUUGUUGACGCAGCGUUUUGGAAGCUGGGUGUUUGUAUAUCGUCUGCAGGAUUAUUCCACUCCUGAUGACAAUACUUGAAAUUCAUCCUAGUUGUAUCGCAGGACAAAGGGUGAGAAGUAUCUCAGUCUUCGGAAGAUCAAGCGAGUCGUGUUUUUACAAUGGCUACUCAACGUCGAAACGGUUGUGUCGACUACUGACGAAAUUUCACCCUUCACGCACCUUCUCUAUCCUUAACUGUUCUCAUUUCGUUUCCCUUUUGCAGUGGAAGUCUUUUAUUAAUUGUCCACUUCUUAUACCAGUUUUUUCUAGCGAUUGGUGGACUAGUUGCGUAGGAGUAGGUUUUCAUGAUGAUCUAUCGUACAAUAAGAUAGUAGAUUCUUUUUUCGUGAAUAGGUUAUUUGUGCUUGUAGGUUACUUACAAGUAAUAAAUGACUUUAUACUCUAUAAGUCUUACUUCAUAGUUGUCAUGACGAGAGAGAGAGAUCGAUCGGAUUCUCUCCAUUGUUCCGAUCUAAAGUGGCGCUCUGCUCGUUCGCAGAUUGGGUCCAUCGAGCAAGGAAUAGAAAACUAAUUUUUCUAUCGUGAAAAUGCAUUUUUUAAAAUCGUUACUCGCUCGAACAACUAAAAUUCUCAACUUGCGACUUUAUCGAGAUGUUGGAUUUUCGUCGCAUCAUUCUUACUUAUCGUACUUUCUUAAUACGUAGUAAAAGGCACGAGGUGUUCUAUAGGAAACAGCGAUUUAUCGAAUUUCUAUACAAAUUGUUUAGUUUUUUUUUUGUUUUGUUUUAUAUUAUACACACACCAAGAUACUCUGCAUCAUUAACAAUUUAACGACCUAAUUGUAGUAUACAAAAAAUUUAUCAUAGUCGCCAUUUUUUUUUUUUUUAGGAAGGUUUCCGUUCGAUUCACUCGCUUUCAGAUUAUGGCGAACAACCAUUUGUAUCACAAAUUUGGCUGAAGUGAUCUGCGUUUUAUUGCAUUGUAUUAUGUUUACCAAAAAGUAAGUCGUGCUUUCGGUGGCAUCAAACCGUUUUUUUUUUUUUUCUUUUUUUUAUUUUAUUUUAGUCCCUUUUCGAUGCAUGGGAAGUGAUUUAUAUAAUGUCAGUUAUAGGUUGUUGGUAUAAUAGACAAAUUGCAACGUUUCCGGGAUGUUAUUUUUUGGUAAACAUAGCUCCUCUCGCCAUGUAGAUUCGAGGAAAUUCUGCGCAUUGUAUAACACUUUGUAUAACUUCUCAUAACAGUGAUUGAAUAAAAUCCAAAUUCGUUAAGACUACAAAAUAAACCAUGAUGGUCGAUGUGUUUUAUUUCUGUGCUGUUGUGAAUUUUUAUUAUUAUUAUUUUUUUUUUUAAGAGCGGCCACUCUGUCGCGAUGAUUUGUGAAUGGAAUCUUGUCAAGUGAGUUAAACAUAUGUAAAUGAGACAUUUAAUAACACGACGAAUAUUGUAUGAAUGAGUUGCAUUUAAGUGGAUAUAAGAGUUCCACACAUUCGUUUUUAUUGACACGUCUUUAAAUACAGAUCGCUCCUCCGAUCAUCUUCCACAUGUUGGGCCGUCGAUAAUCCGCACAAAUGGGAAAAUGUGCUUGCUUAUAACAUCGCAGGUGAGAUCUUUUUUUUCAGAUGAUUUUCUUCCCCGCUAUUUUCAAGAUGUUCCGAGAAGAGAGGCGAUUGACGAUAUUUGGCUCCGGUUAGCAGCACGAUAUCUCUGUUUGUGUUGAUCACAAAGCGUGUUUCUUCGUUCUCUAAUAAGCUUUUAGCGAUUUUUAUUCGCGGAUGAGAAUAAAGUGAGAUUGAUGGACGGUUUUAUAAAUGGUCACCGAGAAAGAAGAUGAGAUUAACAAAAACGGGAUGUUUUUUCGUCGUCUCUAACGUGUAUUGUGUAGCUUUGAUUUAUUUCGUAUGUAGAAUUUUUUUAAUGACGAACCAUGGAAUCUUCUUCGACAUACGUCGAUGGGAUUUGUAAUUCGAAGUAUAUCUGCAAAUAGUUUCUCUAUCCAACCUCUGUCAAUCUAUAGCGUAUGCGAGACAUUGUACUUUUUUUUCUAGACUUUAACACGUGGUAAAUAUAUAUUUCGUAAACAUGUUUUUCCGACAGUUUCACUUUGCGUUGGGCGACAGAAAAUACAAUUGCGUUGGCAUUUUUGGUCACUACGUUGGUCUCUGGAUUUCACGAGCACCUUAACUUUCUUACAUUUUCGGGGAUGUAAUAUUAUCUCCUCUCUCUCUCAGCCGAUUUUGUUACCACUGACAUUGGUUGAAAACUCUGUUACGGGAGAAUUGUUGUUUACCGUGUUUUUAUUAUUCGUCGAGAAUCUGUUUACAUGUUGUUUUAAUGGUUCGAUCAAUUUUUGAAGUUCAGGAAACUCUUCGCUGUUGUAACGUAUUUUAUACUAUUCGCAAUGUGUAAAAUUAUCUUGUAUCGCAAAAAAAAAAAAAAAAAAAAAAAAA